AUGUGGGGUGGGCAGUGGAGUUACUGGAGCACUGCUGCAUCCUCAGCGCCCUUGGUGCCAUCGCACCGCACUGGGGUGCCCCCGGUCCCCUUGUCAGGAGGGUCCUCUCUGAGGUGCCUUGUCCCCACAGGAGACUCUUGGGGGAUCUUUGCCUUUUUGUGUGCCGCACUCUGCAAUCUGCCGGCGGUGCCCGCGCUGAACGGCACGGAGGAGCUGGGUGCUGGCCAGUCCAUCCAGAAGACCUACGACCUGACCCGCUACCUGGAACACCAGCUCCGCACCCUUGCCGGCACUUAUCUGAACUACCUGGGCCCGCCCUUCAAUGAGCCCGACUUCAACCCCCCGCGGCUGGCGCGGGCUGAGCGGGUGCCCAGCGCCACGGUGGACUUGGACCUGUGGCGGGGCCUGACGGACAAUGCGCGCCUGGCAGCCAACUACCGGGCCUACAGCCGCCUGCUGAAAUAUCUGCGUGGCCUGGACGGCCAGGUGGGCACGGUGGAGCUGCGCCAUCGCCUCGGCCACUUCUGCUCCAGCCUGCAGGGCCUGGUGCUCAGCAUCGCCGGCGUCAUGUCUUCCCUGGGCUACCCGCUGCCCGCAGGCCCCGCCGGACCCCCGCCCUCCUCUGGCACCCCUGCAGCCCCCAACGACUUUCUGAAGAAGAUGGAUGACUUCUGGCUGCUGAAGGAGCUGCAGACGUGGCUGUGGCGCUCGGCCAAGGACUUCAAUCGCCUCAAGAAGAAGGUGCCGCCAGCCGUGGUCACACUGCGCAUCGAGGCCAGGGGCUUCUGAGGGCCCCCGCCCUGCUGAGGGCAUCCCCACAGCAGUGGCCGCACACAUGUCACCACUUGGCCUUCAUGGAUGGGGAUCGCUUUAGUGCCACCGAAGCCACCAUCACCACUUGGCCUUAACAGAUGGGGAUCCUGACCCCAGAGUGCUACCAAAGUCACCCCACGUAUUCCUCACCACCUCACUGUGCCUUGAGAGAUGGAGUUCCCGAUCCCAAAAUGCCACCAAAACCACUCCAAGUCCCCUCCGUCACCGCUGUGUGUUAAGGGACAGGUCUUCUCAUCGUAAAGUGACACCAAACCCACUCCACAUCCCCACUGUCGCCACUGAUUUAACAGGUGGGGCUCCAGACUCUGAAGUGCCACCAAAGCCACGCCAUGCCUUUUCUAUCCCCAGAGAGUCAUCAAAGCCACCCCACAUCCCCAGCAUCACCACUGUUCAUUAAGGGACAGGUCUUCUGAUCCCAGAGUGCCAUCGUAGCUUUCCCACGUCACCACUGUGCCUUAACAGAUGGUCUGUCUGUCCCAAAGGGCCAUCAGAACCACCCCAAAUACGUACCAUCAUAUUGCUGUGCCUUGACAGAUAGGAUUCCCACUUCACCAAAGUGCCACUGAAGCCAGUCCAUGUCCCCACCAUCACCUCUAGGUCUCAAGGGAUGGUGAUCUUGAUCCCGAAGUGCCACCAAAGCUACCCGGCAUCCCCCCGUCACCACCGUGCCUUAAUGGGGCUCCUGACCGCAAAAUCCUAAGGGACAGGGCUCCCAGACCCACAGACCUCCCCACAUCGCCCCGCAGUACCUUAAGGGACAGGCACUCGGCCCCAGAGGGUUCCCAUGGUGUCUCAUCACCCUGCCGUGCCUCGGGGGGCGGCCUCCUGCCCCCAACUGCAGCCAGUGCCACCCUGCCAUCACCUUGCAGUGCACUGACGCAAGGGGUGGUGACACCGUGGCGUCCCCGUGGCCGCGCUGUGCCACCCAUUACCCUGUAGGGCUGGGAGCCACGCUCUCCUGGCCCGCCCCCCGGCAGCAGUAAGCUCCGCUUCGCCACGAACGGACCAAACCCUCCCCUGCAUAGGAAUAGGCCCCGCCCCCAGUGCAGUAAGCCCCGCCCACCCGCCAGGAGCACAGCUGGGUGCCCGAAGCUCCGCCCCCGUCACCACCGCUGCCUAGCAACCCGCGGCUCCCGCCCACUGGCCCUGGGGGCGUGGCUUGUUCUGGGGGCGGGGCCGGGGCAGAGCCCCAGGGCCGCCGUCUCGGUGCGUCUAUGCGUGUUUAUUUAUUGGAGAUGUUAUUUAUUAGGGUAUUUAUUGCAGAAGAUCUAUUCUUGUAUUAACAAAUAAAAGCCUUUCUCCAGUGCCUCUGCCCCCUGGCCCGUGUCCCCCAGCAGAGGGGCCCUGAAGAGCUGCCCACAGGGACACGGCUGCGUGGGCCCUGCCGUGCGUGGAGGGGCCCGUCAGCACCGCUUCCUCUGUGCCCCCACAGCCCCA